AGGAACAGGAGUUUGAAUUUGUACAAGCAUCUUUUUGACCCUGUAAGAUACGAUCCGGGCAUCAUUCCAAAUUGUGGAGAAGAGGAUCAUGUAGCUAUAAAAAUUGAGAUGGCUUUGCGAGAUAUUGUAGAAAUUGAUGAAAAACAGCAGUUGAUCCGCCUAAAAAUAUGGAUUCGGUUAGGAUGGAAGGAUUGCAUGCUGCAAUGGGAUCCCUCAAGUUAUCAAAAUAAGACUGAGUUGGUUGUACCUUAUUCCAGAAUUUGGAUCCCGGAUAUAACCCUGUAUGAAGGAGUUAGUGAUGAAGGAAAUAUGCCUCAUAUGGACGUUUACAGGGCCAGCAUUAAACAUACUGGGAAUGUGAUGUACAUGUACCCAAGCAUUGUUACAAUUGCGUGCAAAUUUAAUGUGGCGUAUUUUCCUUUUGAUCAUCAAAUGUGCAGUAUGAAGAUCGGUUCCUGGAUUUACUCUGCAAAGAAUAUCGAGAUGAAAAGUAUCAGAGAAGAUGUGGAUAUUUCCAGUUUCAGGACACACAAUGAGUGGGAUAUAGUUGGAACCGCAGCAGUGACACACAAUGCCCACUAUGGUUGCUGCCCCGAUCCAUCGCCCGAGGAACAUGAUAUCUCCCCGUUGAUCUACUCUAUCUUCUUAGACAAAUGUCGAAAAAUGAUGUGCAUAAAGUUCGAAAACGUUCUGAAGCCAGUUAAGCAAGUAUGCUCUCGUGUAGAUGAGGGGAAAACAGCAGAAUGUACCGAGAAAAUAUGUUUUGAAAAACACAGUCGUUGGAAAUGCUCAAAACUUUCCAGUGAGAAUGAGCUUCCAGAAUGUUCUUUCGAUGAGAUUCCAGAAUGUUCUUUCGAAAUCAAACAACAAUCAAUCCACCAUGACCGCCACAAAUGCCACGUCACCAAUGAAUGGGAGCUCAUUGCUUGUGUAUUGGAUCGUUUGUUUAUGUUUAUUUAUAUUUGCUUGAGUAUGAUUAAUAGCAUUGCUUUUUUCAUCAUCAUGUGGAACUACGAAGAAGAAGACAUUCCAAUUGAUUGA